AUGUACAUGCACGGGAAACUAGUGGUCCUACUAUUCGUGCUGGGGUUUGCUGCUGCAGGAGAUAAAAGUGACACCACAACGACAACCACCAAAACAAACGCGAACGUCACCACCACCACCACCACCACCACCAAAGCAAAUGCGAAUGUCACCAUCGCUACUACAACCCUUAAACCUAAUGCCUCGAUUUUGCAAAUAGAGAUUUACAAGCAAUUCGAGGGUGUCGACCCAAAUACACUAUCAUGCGAUCCAGAGGGACAGAUAUUCCUUCUUUUGCCUCACUACACCGACUGUACGAAGUUCUUCAUGUGCACCCAUGGCGAGGAAGUGCUCUUCACGUGCCCAGGAGGUCUUUACUUCGAUUUCGAAAUACAGGUUUGCAAUUGGCCGAGAGACACAAAUUGCAUACUUCGUGAUAUACCAGAAGAUAAUGAUGUGGAAGGUUCAGGUGAAGAGGAGUUCGACUGGCUCUCAGACAGCGCCGAAAAGGCUUCCGACGGUUCAGUCCUCAGUCUAACAGCUGAAGAGGUGUUGAAUGCGGUUAGGCCAAUGUCCUUGGAGGCGCCACGCAAGUCUAACGGACAUAACAUCAUUCUGAACUGCUUCCGGGCUGAUUCUGCCUCUAGACAGGUGCCUUAUAAGGGCGACUGCCAGCGCUACUGGCGCUGCAUGAACGGAGUCGCUCAAGCUGCUUACUGCUCGGAUGGACUCUUCUUCAACGAGAGAACCCAGCAGUGUGACUUCGAAGCUAACGUCAAGUGCAUGGUAGAACAGGAGGACGAGCUGAAAAGCGAGUUCAUUGCCGUUAAGUAG